CGGAUGUCCCAUGUUUUUAUCCUUUUCUAAUUCAGCUUGACGCACCUUAUCACCGCAACAUUAAAGAGGCUGGUCCACGCGUCACACACGCACACACAUAGAACGUGUGUGUAUGUUUGUCUGUGUGUUUGUCACUAUACGAAGAUAGCUGCUGCCCAGCACGCGCUCGGAGACACGCAGAUGCGGAAAGAUGAUACAACGUUUGCAAAGCGGUAGGCGCGGUAAUAAAAGAAAUGAAAACCAAAGCACCGCUGUGUGUUAGUGUGUGUUUGACUGGUUUUGCGGACGGCCGUUGCUGCUGUUUGGAGUGAGUCCAGGGAUGCUGCGGCUUGACUCGGCUUGACUCGCUGCCUGAAUGCCGCCGCGGCGCGGCUCAGGCUCUUUUCCGGAUGUUUUUUUCGGCGCGUUUGCCACCCUCAUGACAACUCUCACUGUGGGGGGGAAAUAAACCGCUAUGGGUCACUCCUGGGACAUUUUAGGCUAGGCGUAUCCUGCGGUGAUAUCGCUUGGACUGUGGGAGAGAGAGUGCAGCCUAGGCUACAGUCUGCCCCGCCGCCCGAGGCUGCGACAUGGGGAACAGCUUCUCCAGCCUGGGCGCCUUCCAGUCCUUGCACAUAGUCAUGCUUGGCUUGGAUUCCGCGGGCAAAACCACCGUGCUGUACCGCCUGAAAUUCAACGAGUUCGUCAACACGGUGCCCACCAUCGGCUUCAACACGGAGCGGAUUCGGCUGGGCGGCGCGGGGGCGUCGCGCGGCAUCAGUUGCCACUUCUGGGACGUCGGCGGCCAGGAGAAGCUGCGGCCCCUGUGGAAGCCGUACAGCCGCUGCACGGACGGCAUCGUGUACGUGGUGGACUCCGUGGACGCCGAGAGGCUGGAGGAGGCCCGUGCCGAGCUGCACAAGAUCACGCGCUUCUCGGAGAACCAGGGCACGCCGCUGCUGGUCGUGGCCAACAAGCAGGACCUGCCGCGGGCGCUGGACGUCGCGGAGAUCGAGCGGCAGCUGGCUCUGGCGGAGCUGAGCCCCUCCACGCCGUACCACGUCCAGCCCGCCUGCGCCAUCAUCGGAGAGGGGCUGCACGAGGGCAUGGACAAGCUGUACGAGAUGAUAGUGAAGAGGAGGAAGUCGCUGAAGCAGAAGAAGAAGAGGCAGUGAUGGCAGAUUUUUUUCCUUUUCAGAAAUAUAUAAAUAUGAAACUUUUACAGUGAUAAGCCUAGCUUAUAUAUACAGUGGUGGAAGAAGUAUUAACCCUCAUGUAGUCUUGGGUCUAAUUGACCCAUUUUCCUAUAUCAAUAUUCUUUUUAAUUCCCCAAAAUAACAUGAUUGAUUCCACCCA